UGGCGCAGGCCGAAAGACGAGAACCAGGAAAAAAAAUAAAGGAAAAAAAAAGUCAAAUCCACUGUUGGCAACUUGGCUGCCCAGCCCGAGAGGCUGGCCCGGAGGGCCCCGGAUGCGCGCGACCCGGGAAGCGAAAACCACGGAGUACGGCUACGGAGAUACCCUGGGUGGAGGUAGUGGAGGAUUGAUGCGCGCAUGCAUGCGUGCUUGCAUGCAGCCUGCUGGAAGGCGCGAGACGAGACGAGACGAGACGAGUCCACGGCCGCGGGAUCUGAUCGAUCGGAUCUGAGAAGCGCGCACGCACCGUGUGUGCACGGCACCACUGCUCUCUCAAUCGCAUUCUUUCUUCUUUCGUUCCUUCAUCCAUUCGUCGCUAUCCAGCAUCUCAGCUCGGCUCAUGGACCUGCGCUAUCGAGUCCUACCCACGAACGUAGGAGUACGGACGGACGGACCCACGGCAGCGGCCCCCGCCGCCGCGUCGAGCCACGCGCGCGCGCGCUCACCGCUUCGGAAGCUGGAGAUGCUUAUGCAGCAUGCUGCCUAAGGCGCCGCUGUUGCUGUCGCUGUUGGUUGUCCGUCGUCUGUUCGUCGUUGUUGUCCACGGUCGGUCGGUCGACUGAUGUCAGCGCAUGCUGUGGGCUGAUGAUGUUGGAAUGUUGGAUUAUUGGAUUGUUGGAUUGUUGGACUAUUGGAUCGUCUGAUGGUGGCUGAGCUCGCUUGCUUGCUUGCUGGGGUCCGCUGGCCACUCAGUAUGGGCCCGCUCCGUCACCAUUUCCGUCAUUUUCGAUUCGGUUUAUCGUUGUCGUUAUCGGUACUGCGUUUUUGGUCUUUGUCUUUUAGGACAGCGGCGUUAUUUUUUCUUGUUCUUUUCUUCUUUCGUUGUUCUUUUCACAAACGGGUAAAAGCGCGGCGUUUGGCUGCGGCGUGGUGGGCUGCGCGGAAAACUUAGAUGGGUGCUGGUGCUGGUAAUGGUGGCGUUUUUCUUGCUUCUUUCCUUUUUUUUUUUUUUUUUUUCUUCUUCUUCACUUC